AUGACCCACCACAACACACACGGAGGUCUCAAGUUCCCUUGGCCGUUUGGUUGGCCUCUUCCAGAUGGGAAUCCCGAUGCCAACGAAGGGGAUCAAGGAGGACAUUCACCUCUUUCCCUUCCUGCUCCUGCUCCACCGCCACCACCGCCACCAGAAUUCAAUCACAAGGUCAUGGAAAUAGGAACAAAGAGAAGGCAACUCCAAUCCCAAUCCCAAUCCCAAUCCCAAUGGAUCGAUAUUUUGCAUAAACUCAUUCCCAUUCGAUCACAUAUCUCGAAAAGAACCAGAGCUGACAUGUUGAUACUUUGA